AUGUUCAAUUCCCAGUGGACGUUGUCAAACUUAUCACUAUUAUUAUCAGCUGUUCUGAAUUUAUCGGAUAUACUACAACAACUACAACUACUACUGAUAAUAAUAAUACUGGUAGUGCUACGACUGUUAUUAAUAUCAUUGAGUUUAAUUCAUUAUUAUUUUAAUCAUUCAUCUCAUUGUUAUCUCACUGGUAUCUUUGAGUGGUUUAGUAACUAUCUACCCUCAUCACAUUUACUCACUUCCCUUUUUUCUUAUUUCGUGGAGUUAAUAUCACUGCCAUCCUCAGCACUGACAUCCUCCUCGUUACUAUUACUGUCAUGGAUAUUCUGCAUAUUGUUUGGUGCUUUAAGUAUAUGGUUCUGGAAAUCAGUACGUUACCUCAGUACACGAUUAUAUCAUCAGAAGUAUAUACUACUAUUUUUCGGAAACAGUAUUAAUGAUAUUCGUAAUUAUAGAAUUUACAGUAAAAUAAAUGUCAUACUACUUACAUUGCACACUGAUUCAAUCAUUUCCAUAUAUAAUUUUAUCAGUGUAUGGAAUUCAAUCGAUACAUUGAAGAGUAUAAUAGAAACAUCAAAAAGACUUAUACAACGUAAACGCUUAAGUCAUGGAAUGAGUACAUUAUUCACUAUAUACUUUGGAUUAUUAAUUUAUGUAGAACUAUGUGGAUUUAAUUAUGCUGAAAGUAGACCGAUUUCAAGUGAAAAUGAACGUAGAUAUGGUAAUUUAGAUUUACAUCCGGCUAAAUCAUCAUCACAGCAAAAGACACCAAAAGUUGUUAUGCCACCAUAUGACCUUGGGUUCAAAGGCCAAAAAACUGACGAACUGAACAAACCAAAAUUAUAUCCACUGUCAUCAUCAUCAUCAUUAUCCUAUCCUUCAUUUUUGAGUGAUUUUAAUGAUAAAUUCGAUCAAAUGAAAGGUUUUCAGUCGGAUGAAACAUAUGUAAGAGAUUCUCAAACACAGCAGCAGCAAAGAAAACAACGCUAUCAGAGAGUAAGUCGUGAUAAUUUUAACUCACAAGAAGAGACCGACAAUGAUGAUGAUGACAAUACUGUCGAAUUUUUCAAUACACGUUUGAUGUAUGAUUCCAAGUUGUCUCAAUCUAAUCAUAUUAAUAAGAAUAGUGUAAGAUCAUACGAACAAUCUCCGUCGGUAUCCUCAUCAAUACCGUCAUUAACAGAAAGAGAGAAAAAUGAACGACUUGACUAUAGAAGAGUAAACCUUGCACCUUCUAAAUCAACAAUACAAAAACAGAUAUUAUAUUCCCCUUACGAUCCAUAUAUAAGAAUGAAUAAUUAUCAAGAAUCAUUUUAUAUACCUGACCAACAAAUUAUGUAUGAAAUGAAUACCCAACAGUACCCCAGCGAACAAGAGAAGACAUGGACCAGAAAAGAUAAUAAUAAUAAGCCAUAUCAACGUCAUGAAUUAUAUGAUGAUUAUACAGUUCAUAUGAAUCAUGAAAAUCCGCCUAGUUGGUUUCCUUUUCCCAAUUAUCAAAGUAAUAAUAAUAAUAAUCCACUAAACAAUCGACCAUUGUAUUCACAACAAUCAAAAAUACCACGCCAACAUCAACUAUCUUCAAGUUUAAAUAGUUACUCAUAUUACAGCAAUCUAAACAAAAAUAUUGACAGUAAUAAUGACAAUAAUAAACGUAAUCCAUUAUCAUAUUUUCCUGAGAUUUCGGAUAUUCAAUUAUCUCAUUUAAUUUAUCAAUACCAAAUGGAAUUAUUACGUCGACAAACUGGACGUUUACCCGAUACUGAUUAUCAAAUGGAGCAUAAUUACUAUGGUCAACCAGUUGAAUCGUCUUCACAACAUUUACCUAAUUAUUAUCAUCCACAAGAUUAUGGAUUACACUUAUCCGGAGUAAAAAAUCACGAUAAAAUUAUUCGAAAAUUCAAUAAUUUAGCUAAUCAACGAUUAAUGACUGGUGUUAAUGAGUUUUUCGACGAACUGGAUCAUAAUAGUUAUGUGAAGACAUUAGAAUAUCUUUAGUAUCAUGCGAUAAUGCGGAGGCGUUUGGAAAUGUAUAGUUUCCUUUUGUCUUGAUUAAUAGUUGACACGCAAAAUGUGAUCUGGUUACUAGUCGGAAAUUUUGGUUAUCAUAAAAUUAACAUGACAAUAAUAACGACACGUAUGCUUAUCCAUCUAUCUGCCUGUAUUCACACACCUAUCUGUCAAUUUAGGUUUUGUAAAAAGCGUUAGAAGUUUAAUGCGGAAAUCGAAUUAGCAUUUAGAAAUAUACCAAGAGAAUCCUUAAAAACAUAGUUAUUUGAAAUGAAAAUGGUUACAUAUGAAUUGAUUUGUGGUUCUGUGAUGUCUUGUGGUUUGGAUGCUACCUGAUAUAUCUGGUCGUCGCUAAUUGUUGUGUCGGAAAAGUUUAUCAUUUUUAAUCGAAACGAGGGACCUCUGCACUAUGUAAUGCUGAGUAUCAUUCUCAAAAAAAUAUAUUUAGUCUUGAGAAAAGACAAGAAAUAAUUAAUUAAGAAUUUGUGAGUAAAUGCUUUCUGUAUAUGUUAGUACUAACUUUAAGUCGAUUUUUAAACUUAGUAUUUCUACAACCUUAUAUUUGUUGAGGUUAAUUUAUUCUUUUUCUAAUAUUUGUUGAUUAUUAUCGUCUCCUAGUGAUUUAUAUGAUAAUUCAGUUCCUUAUAUAUCAAUGUGCAGGCUUCUAAAUCUUUUCAGAUAUUUUUAUUUAUAAACAUAUGUGUUUUCUCGUCGUCGAUACUGAAGACUGAGAUUGGUUACUUGCUUUCCGCAAAUACAAACCCUGAAUGGUUUGUAUUGAUACCAACAUUUUUCCAGAGGUUUUUUAAAAAUAUUUGAGUUAUAGCUAGCAGUGGAACAGAUGAUACUCAUUUAAUCCUAUUUAUAACUCUUUAGCUGGGUUUUCUUGAAUCCCAGUGGUGUAGUAUUGACAGAGACUUUAAUCCACAAAACGAAAACCCUAAUGAAUACGCAACAUAUCAAUUAUACAGCUUAAUGACUAUUAUCCAGUAACUUAUUCGACAACAUAUUAUUGUUUGAUGUCGAAAGAACUCAGCUCGAGUCUUGAUGUAAACAUCAAUACUUCGACAAAGGUACAUCUAGCCGAUGCAACAUGUUUCCUAGAUUCCACUGCUAACCAAUAUCCAGCUCUGAUUAAUACUCAGCCUGUUUGUUUGCAUUAAAUAUUAAAAAUUAACUGUUCUUAUAUCGUAGAUUAAUGUAUUUUCUGAUAGUCACUUUAGUUCGACACAGUUCAUCGAAUCAAAAUACAUUUGUAAAUAGUUUAUUUUACAUAAAUAUGUGUUACUACAUAUUUUGUUGCUCAGCUAGUCUGUUUUAAAUGAUGAAGACGUUUUAAUCAAGCUUAGUGAAAUGUGAGAAAUUCUUAGUUGAAGAACAAAAGUAACAAUUAACAUAUCUUUUUGCCUAAAUCUAAUCCUCCUAGUUGAAUUUAAUGAUUGGUUAGAGACAAUUCAUUCACUAGGGUUUUUUUCGAUUAUGGCGUUAUGGAGUAAAGUAGAGUGUUGGAUGUGUACUUCGUUAAGUGGUUAGAAGUAGCCAACAGGAAACGGGUUCUAUGCUAGUUAGCACACGUCAGCAACCAGUACUAACAAUCUUGAGGAUAUUAAUAUUCCUUCACUCAGUCAGUAAAAACGUAGAACUUCGUACGUACAUACAUCAGUUCGAGUUGCCAUACCACAUUAGCACACAGAUACAAUUAUCGAUUCAAAUCCCGUAGUGGUAGAGGUAGUAAAACUAUAAGCAGUAAUCGGGAAGAUUAGGGUUUGAAGAUGUUAUUCAUGGGGUGUAAUCCAGUGAAAUAAAUUUGGAAAGAGAAAAAAAGGGACACGAGGUUGUGGUCGGACUUGCCUAUCGUGAUGACCCAACCGAGCUAUGUUGGCUGGAACAUAAGUUCCUGUAGGUUCUACCAUGCCAGGUAGGUCGAAUGGAGAGCGGUAAGACUAAAAGUAACAAAUCCAAGGUCCGAAGGCGAAGUCGUACUGCUAACUGUACAGAGGUGUGACAGCAGUAAGGUGUUUCCUUCAGACAACCAGCAUCUGAAGCGAUGCUGCUUUCUCACAAGGAAGGUUAGAGUUAGAAAAGGUCGACCCCCAAAGUGUCAUGCCUCACCUUACCUCAUGGAUCUCCGUCCCCGGUGGUAAGGUUCUUUAAAGAACAGAGCUAACACGUUAAAAUCCUCCCACAAAAAGGCCGUCAGCGACCGGCCUGACGCAGUUGUUCCUUGGGCCCUGUGGUCACGCUCCCAGGUCGUUAAGACCAAUAAUAAUCCAACUUCCUUUUCAGGUUCCACAAGAAAUACCCUUCCUUGGAGUGGGCAUCCGGGAAGUCUUAUCAGCCCUUAUAGUCGUAACAGCACAGGAGGCCAAGUUGGUCACAUUCAAAUCCUCCAAAUUGUUAUUCCUUAUGGGAUUUAAACCUGAGUCAUCAAAUUCCAUAGUCUGAAAUAUUACUACCACUGACUUCCUUAAGAAUGAAGAUAUUUACAGUUGGUUGGCCACUGAGUAGUGACCAAUAUCAUGUUUGUUUAAUCUAUUAGUGCUAAUGGAAUCCUAUCGAUCGUUAUUGUUUUUCUAUUUUGAUCUUUUUUAAAAUUAUUGGAUCCCUUGGAGAUUGGAACGGGUAUCAUACUUCUUUGUAGCUUGAGACGUUAUUAUUGAGCUAUCCGAAGGGCAAUUUCGAGUUAUUCAAAUUAACGGUCAUUAUCGUAACUUAAUGGAUAAAAUUCAAUCAUCAGUAGAUGACUAGACAAACAUGUCACUGGUCACCAUUUAGUGGCCACCUAGUUUUUUAUGCAACUUUCCAUGUGUUUUUCGUGAAUUCGGUUAUUAUUAUGAAUAUUAGGGGAUUAAAUAAUGCAAUAUGUUGAUCAUAUAUUUUUAUUAAAUAUUACUGUCAAAAAUAUUGUAUUUUUAUCAUUAGUAAAAAUAAAUUUAUUUGUUAGCUAGUUUACAUUUUAUUUUUAUCCUACAUUUCCUAUAGGAGACGGAGUAAUUACGCUAGAUG